AUGAAGCUGCCUACCACUCGGCUGCUUCUGAUCCCGCUGGCUAUUGUCGUGGGGGGGAUCGCCAUCUUUCUGACCAUUUCACACGUCAUCAUUCCUUUAUUUUUAUGGUUUUCUCCGACUUUAAACCCGUACUUGUAUGACUGGGGCUUGUAUGGGGCUUUCCCAUCCCAGACAUUUAUAACAAAUGGCUUCGCAUCGCCACGGAUAGUCACGAUAAAGGAGGAGGGUGGCUGCGAUGGAGGACUGGUUUUCCUCACGAUCCAGGGGGACUCGGUACGGCAGGGGGGGCCGGCGAUAUUCAAUUCCAAGAAUCAACUGGUGUGGGCGACGACAGAUUAUAAAUACACGAUGAAUUUUCAACCUCAGCUCUAUCAGGGUAAGCAGUAUUUGACCUUUUGGUCAGGAAGGAAGGAAGGCACUUUGGGGUUGGGCUCGUAUUAUAUGCUGGACGAGUCGUACCGAGUGGCACACGAAGUUUCCGCCGUGGGAGACAACCUCCAUGGCGAUCUCCACGAAUUUAAAAUCACCCAGGACGACACCGCGCUCAUGACCUUUUACAAUGUCACCCCGGCGGAUCUAUCUUCGUUGGGCAAAUUUUCCAAUGGUUGGCUCAUCGACAGCGGCUUUCAGGAAGUCGACAUUGAGACCGGCAAUCUCCUUUUCGAGUGGAGAGCCUCGGAUCAUUUCCAAGUCUCGGAAACUUUCAUGACCAACCCAUUCGGUGGAUAUAUCAAGAGCAUCCCCUUUGACUUUUUCCACAUCAACAGCGUCGACAAGGACUCGCAAGGAAACUACCUAAUUUCGUCCCGUCAUACGCACACCAUCACCUGCAUCAGCCCCAAAGGCGAGACUCUAUGGAUUCUUGGGGGGGAGCGGAACCAAUUCGAGGAUCUUUCCGGAGGAGAUGCGCUGAAUUUUAGAUGGCAGCACGACGCGAGAUGGGUGUCCGAGGAAGAGGGAAUCAUCACUCUCUUUGACAAUAAGGAAGCGGGCCCGUUACAUGUCGACGGUCCAUACAGCCGAGGCAUGAUGUUGAAGCUGGAUAUCGCCCACAAGACAGUGACGCUCUUGCAUGAUUAUGUCUCUCUGCAACAAGGUCGGGCACCUUCGCAGGGAUCCGUACAGUUUCUUCGGGAGAAAAAUCACGUGUUCGUCGGAUGGGGCCAUUACCCGGCACUUAGCGAAUUCGACGCGGACGGAAACCUGCUGUGUGAGACGCAUUAUGGUGCAUCGAGACUCCAUUUCUUUGGACGGGUUGUGUCCUAUCGAGCCUUCAAGAACUCAGACUGGGUGGGAAAACCCCUCGAUCCUCCCGUGGCCAAGAUCCAGGAUCAAACACUUUUUGUCAGCUGGAACGGUGCGACAGAGGUAUCGGCCUGGACCCUGCAAGGAGCGGAGGCCCAAGAUGGCGAAAACGAAUUUAUCGACCUCGAUAUUGUUGACAAAGACGAGUUCGAAGAGAGCUUUGAUCUGAGCUCAUUAACGGGAUAUUCUCGUUUCCGUGUGGCUGCUCUGGACAAGAAUGGCCAAUUACUUGGACUCUCGCCAGUGGUCACUCCUCAAAGGGAAGGGGGCUGGUGGAGCUUUUUGUUGGUGGUAUUUUUAUGGGCACUUGUCAUCCGAGCGGGUUGGUCGGGAUACAAAUGGCUCUCCAAUAGGAGCGAUAGAAUCGGGCUGAGCUGGAAGGGGUAUUUGCCAUUGAGGAAUUCAGCAUGA